GGAAGCCAGAACCUUUUCCUUUUAUUCUGAUUUUUUUUUUUAAUGAAGAAUGGAAAGAAAACUUGGAGCAGGAGAGGCUUGUAAGGGAUUUAGCGAGCAGUUCCACAAUGUAUUGGCGACAAGGAGUGAUUAUGUCGCCCAAGAAAGUUGGGGUGCGUCUGUAGGAAUCUUGGAAACAUGUAUUAAGACUAAGGCGUGUGUGGCAGGCGGCGGAGCAAGUGCUGGUGGAGAAAGUGGCAGGGGGCGAACGCUGAGCGUCGUGGAGAAGGGGAACGCACAAAGUUGGGGAACGCAUGAGAGUGAAGACGCCCCUGCGUGUAAGGCUGGCGACCGACGGGAGCGAGUGACAGCGAAGAAGAGGAGGGUGGGGUGAGAGGGUGUGCCGGCGUCUAGGCUGGGGAUUCGGUCUCUGGGUGCCUGCGGCAGCGCGGCGGCGGCUUGCCUGCGGCGAGCUCGGGGCCGGGGUGCGUGUGCGCGCGUGUGCGCGGGACGGAGAGCCUGGGGCUCUUGGGCGCGUGGCUGUGCCUCGGCGCGGCCGGCUGGGUGAGCGCGGGCGCGAGCGGAACGCACAGCCGAGGCGGCGGGCAGCCCAGGUUAUCUGAGCCGCUCGGUCUUGGGUGACUGCGCCCAGAUCUCAGGGCGGCGGCGGCAAAGGCGAGACGCGCUGUCGGGCCGCAGAGAAGCCGAGAAGCGAGACCCAGGCCCAGACGGCAGCGGCGGGGAGCAGAGCAUGGAACAGCGCGCGGGCCGGGCAGUCCUGAAGUUGAGUUUGAGAGGCGACACGGCGGCGGCGGCCGCGCUGCUCCCGCUCCUCUGCCUCCCCAUGGAUAUGCACUGCAAAGCAGACCCCUUCUCCGCGAUGCACCCAGGGCACGGGGGUGUGAACCAGCUCGGGGGGGUGUUUGUGAACGGCAGGCCCCUACCCGACGUGGUGAGGCAGCGCAUCGUGGAGCUGGCCCACCAGGGCGUGCGGCCCUGCGACAUCUCCCGGCAGCUGCGGGUCAGCCACGGCUGUGUCAGCAAAAUCCUGGGCAGGUACUACGAGACCGGCAGCAUCAAACCCGGAGUGAUCGGCGGCUCCAAGCCAAAAGUGGCAACACCCAAAGUUGUGGACAAGAUUGCUGAAUACAAGCGACAGAACCCAACUAUGUUUGCCUGGGAGAUCCGGGACCGGCUUCUGGCAGAGGGCAUCUGUGACAACGACACAGUGCCCAGCGUCUCUUCCAUCAACAGGAUCAUCCGGACCAAAGUUCAGCAGCCUUUCCACCCAACGCCGGAUGGAGCCGGGACCGGAGUGACUGCCCCUGGCCACACCAUUGUUCCCAGUACGGCCUCCCCUCCUGUUUCCAGCGCCUCCAAUGAUCCAGUGGGAUCCUACUCCAUCAAUGGGAUCCUGGGGAUCCCUCGCUCCAAUGGCGAGAAGAGGAAACGUGAUGAAGUCGAGGUAUACACUGAUCCUGCCCACAUUAGAGGAGGUGGAGGUUUGCAUCUGGUCUGGACUUUAAGAGAUGUGUCCGAGGGCUCAGUCCCCAAUGGAGACUCCCAGAGUGGCGUGGACAGUUUGCGGAAGCACUUGCGGGCCGACACCUUUACCCAGCAGCAGCUGGAAGCUUUGGAUCGGGUCUUUGAGCGUCCUUCCUACCCUGACGUCUUCCAGGCAUCAGAGCACAUCAAAUCAGAGCAGGGGAAUGAGUACUCCCUCCCAGCCCUGACCCCUGGGCUUGAUGAAGUCAAGUCGAGUCUAUCUGCAUCCACCAACCCCGAGCUGGGCAGCAACGUGUCAGGCACGCAGACAUACCCUGUUGUGACUGGUCGUGACAUGGCGAGCACCACUCUGCCUGGUUACCCCCCUCACGUGCCCCCCACUGGCCAGGGAAGCUACCCCACCUCCACCCUGGCAGGAAUGGUGCCUGGGAGCGAGUUCUCCGGCAACCCGUACAGCCACCCCCAGUACACGGCCUACAACGAGGCUUGGAGAUUCAGCAACCCCGCCUUACUAAUGCCGCCCCCCGGGGCUCCGCCCCUGCCGCUGCUGCCGCUGCCUAUGACCGCCACUAGUUACCGCGGGGACCACAUCAAGCUUCAGGCCGACAGCUUCGGCCUCCACAUCGUCCCUGUCUGACCGCUCGCCCCGGAGGGAGGCAGGAUCGACGCGACCCGAAGCCUCCCGGCCACCGCCCCAGACCCAACCCCCCCUCCCAGGACCCCUCCAGCCCUUCACUUCACCCCGUCCAAGGCGGGACAGGACGAGUGACGCCGCGGGCGGGACCCUCAGGCCCGGGCCCGCCGCCCCUUCCCGCCUGCUGGACUGCGCCGCGUCGCGAGGAGGGCCCGACACAGUUCGUCCCCGCCUCGCCCGACCUGGCCCGGAGCCCACCAGCCGCACCGCCGGACUCUGGCCGGGCCCGCCGCUGCGCGGGGGACACCCUUCUGUGACACACAAUCAGCGCGGACUGCAGCCUGGCCCAGCCCGGGAGCAGCCCGCCUCGGACGCUCCGGCGAGCGCCGGGAGGCUUCGCUGGAGGGACUGGGCAAAGGAAAUGAAGAACAAAACGAUUUUCUGCAGAAGGAGGAAGAGCCUCCUGCUGAGACCUCGGGAAAAUGUCCGAAUCCCGGCUUCAGCCAGAUAGCCCCCACCUUCUGAGUGUGCCCUGCCCAGAAGGUGGAAUGGAAUGGGGGCGUGGGGGCCGGGCUUCAGGGAUGCGCUUUGGGGAUCGUCAGGCGUUUCCAAGGUUGGGACCCAAGGCACACAAGGCCCCAGCAGCCCGCACCCACCGAGUCCGACCCUUGGCUCUUCCCAACUCCACCUGAACUGCCCAGUUCGCAAGGGCCCAGGCAGCCCCUACUAGUGACCAGAUUCUCAGCCCCCGCCUUGCCCCUACCUCGGCGUCUCUUCCAUCUACCCACCUUGCAGCUCCUCCUCCUACCCGUCCUUUUCCGAUCCCACGUCGCUCUGCAUCUCUCCUCCCUAACUCGCCGACCUCACCUGAGUCUGUCCCCGUGCCUGCCUCAGGACCAGUUUCUGCAGGCCGCGGCACUGGUCCCCCAAGCAGUUACCCGAUGACCCCCGCCCCCCGCCCCGACACAGACUCAAUCUGCCGGUGGUAGGAGCAGGGUGUGAGCUGGCAUCUGAGCUGCGCGGAGUGGAAGGUGGGGGGCUGCCCACUCCACCCACCUCCAUCCUCUUCCUCUGGCAGGAACUGAACAGAACCGCAAAAAGUCAAGUCUACAUUUAUUUAAUAUGAUAGUCUUUGCAAAAAAGGAAAACAAAAACACCCAACAGGCUGCUGCUUUUUAGAAA